UCCAAGCUCUCGUGAAAACCAGAAUCAAUGGCGUCUUUAACCAUUAAUUCUUCCACCACCGUCUUUCCCAGCCACCCUACUCCCGCCGCCGCUCUUUCCUUAUCGGAGAACGACCAGUUCAGGGCAUGGACUCACGUCCCCACCGUCUACAUCUACAAAUCUCCGGCUGCCGCGGCCACCGCUGCCGUCCUCGGUUCCUUAAAAAACUCCCUCAGCCAAAUCCUCGUCCCUUACUACCCUCUCGCCGGCCGCCUCCGCUUGAUCGCUGGCGGCCGCCUCGAGCUUGACUGCUGCGCCGCCGGAGCCACACUCAUGGAAGCUUCCUCCACUGCCAAGCUCGACGACUACGGCGACUUCGCACCCUCCGAUGCUCUCCGACGACUCGCUCCCAACGUCGAUUACGAUAAUUCUCCCAUCGAGGAGGUACCGAUGCUGCUGGUUCAGGUGACGAGAUUCAGCUGCGGCGGGCUUGUCGUCGGCGUCACCUUUUCUCACACUCUCGUCGACGGGGCCUCCGCCAUUACGUUCAUCAACUCGUGGGCGAGCAUGGCGCGCGGCGAGAAAACGGUGGACAGUAUUCCGCAGCCGUUUCAUGACAGGAAGUUUUUGCAACCGCAGAAGCCGGUUCCUCCACCGCGGUUUCACCAUGGUGAAUAUGAUGAACCACCGCUUCUCCAUGGAUACUCCAAUGCCGAGGAGGAGGAGAAGAAAGAAUCUGUUUGUGCAUUGCUAAAACUUACAAAGGAACAAGUUGAAAAGUUGAAAAAGAGAGCAAAUUCGAACCAACCAAAUCCAAAUACAACUAAUCAAAACAUGGCAAUGCUUGAUCAUGAACUGCAGCCACGACCAUACAGUCGAUAUGAGUCUAUCACUGGAUACAUGUGGUUGUGUGCAUGUAAGGCCCGUAACAAUGCUGAGAGUAGACAGCCGACAGUGGUCCGUAUCAUCGUCGAUAUAAGUCGACGACUAAGGACACCCAUCCCCGAAAACUUCACUGGAAACUCAUGUCUGAUCACGAUAACACCGCAAUGCAAGUUUGGUGAUCUGAUGACUCAACCACUAAGCUAUGCUGUUGGAAAAAUAAGAGAAGGAACGUGGAAGAUGACCGACGAAUACGCAAAGUCGGCAAUGGACUUUCUGGCUAGGAAAGAGGACAUCACCUGGGCAAGAACAUUGCACCACUCCAUAGUUCGGGUCAAAGGUUCAUUUUGGGGCAACCCGAAUCUAGCUUUAGGGAGUUGGAUGUCGAUGCCGUUGUAUGAUGCAGAUUUUGGGUGGGGACGACCAUCUUACGUUGGGCCGGCAAUGGUGAACAGUGAUGGAAAGGCGUACAUCAUGUCGGGGCCAACCAAUGAUGGGUCGGUCAUCAUAGCGAUACGAUUGCAGACAAAGCAUAUGGAUGAUUUCAAGAAGUUCUUUUAUGAAGAUCUGUGAGAAACCAAGGAUCGAUCAUUAAUGGAAUAAAAUAGAAUAAUCUUUGCAUCUAACGAUGCAAGUGUUGUCGCCAUUAAUUUUUUCUUUUUACAAGUGUCUGAACUAGCUUUACGUGUACCUCAGUUU